AUGUCUGAAAUUUAUGGUCCGAGUCUCGAGACGUCUGUUCCCGAUGACCUUACUUUACCUCAGUUCAUCCUCGACUCGUCCCAUCCAUUGAGGCCCAUCCGACCGAGCCAUGUGCCAUGGUUCAUUGAGGAUGCCGGUGGCAGAGGUGUCGGACAUGAAGAGGUCCGUGCAAGAACUUAUGGACUCGCGAAUGGCCUGAGUCUGCGGUUUCGUGUCAAGGAGAAUGAUCUAGUACUCAUUUUCAGCCCAAACCACAUUGACUAUGCGGCGGCCAUAUGGGCAACACAUCGGCUAGGUGGUGUCGUGUCAUGCGCAAAUCCAGCGAAUAACACCGGCGAAUUGCUGUAUCAGCUCAAGGUGGUCAACGCGUCUUUAAUUAUCGCGCAUUCCUCUUCUUUGCACACUGCUCUGGGUGCUGCUCAGGCUGCCGGUUUGCCAUCCGAGCGCGUCAUCACUUUCGACGAGUCGAAUCAUAUAUCGGUAGAUGCUCUUAUUCAGCAAGGGCUGCGGAGUGAGCCCAAUUUCGUCGAGCGGAGGUUGCAGAAAGGAGAGGCAAAAACGAAAGUUGCAUUCCUCAGUUUUUCGAGUGGCACAACGGGAAAACCAAAGGCCGUUGCAAUACCACACUAUGCUCCAAUCGUGAACGUGAUUCAGAUGGCCCAGCAACAGAAGGUCAAUGAGAACUAUGCCCCUUGGGAAGAACGGAGGUAUCGGCCAGGGGAUGUAGUCGCAGGAGUUCUACCUUUCUUCCAUAUUUAUGGCCUGGUGGUGGUAAUUAACUUCAUGACGUUUUGUGGUUUAUCAGUUGUAGUAAUACCCAAGUUCAACUUCACGGAGUUUCUAGAGAGUAUUGUGAGACAUCGUAUAAGCCAUCUGCUACUUGUACCACCUCAAGUUGUAUUGUUUUGCAAGCACCCUGCUGUGAAAAAUUACAACCUGAAUGGUGUCAGGCUCCUGAUGUGUGGAGCUGCCCCUCUCUCCGCCUCUCUUGUUGACCAGAUAGUGAAGAUUAUGCCGAACGCGCAGAUAGGUCAAGGUUAUGGCAUGACCGAGUCCGCCGCUACUAUCGCAAUGUUUUCCGCGGACGAAAAACUUGGGGUUCCUGGCGGUGCCGGGCGCCUGUCACCUGGCGUCGUUGCCAAAGUUGUCAAGGACGAUGGCACCCUAGCGGGAUUCAACGAACCUGGAGAACUACAAGUGAAAAUUCCGUCUAUGGCGCUAGGAUAUCUGAACAAUGAUGAAGCCACGAAAGAGACCUUUGUUAAUGGUUGGUUGCGUACUGGCGAUGAGGUUAUUAUACGUGAGGACCUUGAAGUGUUCAUUGUUGAUCGCCUGAAGGAAAUCAUGAAAGUCAAAGGAUUCCAAGUGGCUCCUGCAGAGCUGGAGGGCUGUCUUCACGAUCAUCCUGAUGUUUCAGAUACGUGUGUAGUGCCAAUUCUCGAUAGCUACAGCGGGGAGCUUCCUAUGGCGUUUGUAGUACUUAGUCCCAACGCAGUUAAGAGGAUCGCCUUGGAUCCUGCUGAAGCCCGGAGGGUUAAAGUAUCCAUUACAAAGCAUGUGGCAGACAACAAGGUCGCGUAUAAACACCUUGCUGGCGGGGUGGAGUUUGUGGAUGUAAUUCCAAAAAACCCGAGUGGGAAGCUGCUGCGUCGUGUCCUGCGCGAUCGGGUGCGUGACUUGGUACGACCGAAGUCGAAGCUGUGA